AUGUCGAGUGGAGCCAUGGAAGAACAUGACUCUUGGGGACUAGAGUCUCUAGGAGAUACGGACUUUGUUCUCGAACUGAAGCCAGAAGUGGACGCAAAACAUUCAAAGUCUUUCAGCACUUUGAGGUCAAGAUUGACUAGUAAAGGCCUCAAGUUUCAGAUUAUCGAGCUUAAUUCAGCCACGAAAGCGUUGGCAAUAUGGUGUCCUACAAAGGUCUUGGCAAACUAUGCUUACAUCUGCAGUCUGGCUGACUAUUUACGGAAGGUCGGAACUCCUGCAAAGAAUCCUCCAAGUCAGAUCGUAUCAGCUCUUGACUUGAUGACACGAAUUACAUCAUCGGAACGUCUGAGGCUCAUUAACGAGAUGCUGGUCGAGCCUGAGUAUGAAGGAGGAAUUGGUGUUUUCGAAAAGGACGGUUGUGUAGAAUCGGUCUUUCCUCCCCACAACCAUGAAGUCACAAAAGCACUCAUUACAGCAUGGUCCAAGAAGUGGUUUCUAGAAUUCUCGGACAUAGAUCUGAUCAAAGACUAUGCAGGAACAGAAGUAGCAUUCUAUUUCUGCUUCUUGACUUUCUACUUUUGGGCUCUUUUUCCCUUGACUGUAAUCAGUCUUCUCUCAUGGUAUUUCGUAAGGGAUGGAUAUGAUUAUGUGCUCGGAGUGAUAUCUAUAAUUUGGGGUAUUGGAUUCUGUAUGCUUUGGGAACGUAAAGCUCGACAAACAGCUAUCGCGUAUAAGACGAGAGGAGUCUCUCGCUUCCAACCUAUACGAGCAGAUUUUCGACCAGACGGUUUCGUAAAAGAUGUUGUGACAAAUACUCAGCUCCCAGUCUAUCCAGAAUGGAAACGGAUUGCCUUCUUGCUUGGUGUGACUGCUCCUAUCGUUUUGCUCAUGGUCCUGUUGCAAGGAGGUAUAAUAGCAGCUAUCUACAUAUUGGAACAGGCCAUCAAAAACUAUUACCGUGGUCCCAUGCCACAUAUCGUAAAUUUCGCCCCGACAAUCAUAUAUGUAACCCUCAUACCUACACUCACAACCCUGUAUACACCUUUACUCAACAUGCUCACUGACUUGGAAAACCAAGAAACCGUCUCAGCCAAUCAAGCAUCUCAUAGCAUCAAAUCGUUCCUCUUUGCAACCCUCUCAACAUAUCUCCCUUUAGCCGUUCUUGGCUUUCUUUUCGUACCGUUUGAAGAUGCUGUUGGAGCUGCAUUGGGUGUUUUUGUAUCUCACGACUCGACGAAUUGGAAGCAGCCAGUCGGACAAGCUGGUCCUGACGUUUUUCAGCAGUUGUUGAUUUACUAUACAGUCACUGGCCAAAUCGAAAACGUCUUUAGUGAAUUAAUAUUACCAAUGAUCAAGCCACGAGUGAUGAGAUUGAUACGGACAUGGACAGCAUCAAAAUCUCAGGACAAGAAUGGUGAUUCGAUAUCGGACACGUCAUCACCAAAGACUGUGAAUGGACAUCACGUUUUGAAGCAGUUGCAAGAGGAAUAUGAGAGGCCUCCAUAUUGUAUUGAUGAGGAUUUACGGGAGAUGGUGUUGCAAUUUGGAUUCAUCAUGCUUUUCGGAGUUGCAUGGCCUCUGGCUCCACUUGCAUGUCUGAUCAACAACCUGUUCGAGUCAAGAUCGGACAUGCUUAAGAUAUGCUUGGCGACGAGACGACCUAUACCAUAUCGUGCAGAAGAUAUUGGACCAUAUACCAUGAUCUUGAAAACCAUAACACGAAUGUCGACCUUAACAAUACCAGCUCUGAUAAUUCUGUACAAGCAUUGGGACAAUGCGGUACCACCAACAGCACAAAGUCUUCCGAAACUCCCCGUAAUAGCCGUUGUCUGCUUCUUGUCUGAGCAUUUACAUGAUGCGUUGGCUUCGUUGAUAGCUCAAGCUACUACGAGCUGGUUGACACAGGAAGAACAGGAGUUGGUCAAGAUUGAAGCGAGGUUUAGGCGAGAGACACUCGAGUCUAAAAAGAUUGAGUGA